UAACACCUGGAAAUGCGUGGGUAGGUCAGACACAGGCGCCAUAAAGAAGAAGAAACGGCAUACGUGUGUUCAGAUUCUCAGUUCAUCAUACCGUGACAGACAAUGGCGAGUGGUUCAUUUGAAAGUCCCCGAGUCCGCAAGGACAUGGAAGACAGGUUUAGCUGUCCUAUUUGCCUGUCUCCGCAGCUGAGGAUGGUGUCAGGCCUGUGUCAGCACCGUGUGUGUGCCUCCUGUCUGUAUGAGGACGACUCGGGGACGCUUAGUCUGACGUGCUGUCCGGUGUGUCAGGAGGAAGGUUGCUUUCCCAAAACGAGGCCCAUCAUACCAGAGGACUCUGUACUGGCGCAGAGGAGACUGGGUGUGGUCUCCUGCCCUAACGACGGUUGCCAAGAGGAAAUGUGGGAGUGGGAACUGCGGAACCAUCAAAGGGUCUGUGCUUAUGUCGUCAUAAUCGUCCUGGAUUCCCCUAGCCCACCCCCUGCUCCAGCCCGACCAAGAGUGACUGUCCAGGCGCCGGAGAGACCCCGCAGGCGCCAGCAGCCUAUGGUAAGGACAACCCGAACCGCGUCACGUAGGGUGGCUCUUGCCCGACAGCAGCGCACCCAUGGCACGCCGGGAAGGCUGACACCUGGACGGAGAGUUGCAGCAGCGCGCCGAACGCCAGCACGGCGUACUGCAGCUGCACCGCCGAAAACACCCGUCAGAAGAAGCAAGAGAACAGCAUGGCGAUUGUGAUACUGGAUCGAACGAAACCCUCGCAUCAAAUAUAUCAUCCGCACAGGCGCACAUGCAUUAUUUCAUGUUUCCAAGCCAAAAACGGUUUAUUUUUAACAGUACUGCAAAUCAUACGAAACAGCUGUAAAAUUAGCAAAUGUAUGCAACAAAUUGCAACAAAAUAUAUAUGAAUUGACUGAAAACAGAUACUUAUGUCAAAGAUUGCCAAAGUGAAGGUCAAUUUCAAGGUAAGAAGAAAUGUGAAUAUGUACUACUAUGGAUACGAUUGGGAAGGUAGAUUUUUUUUUCAGUCUGGAACUUGAACCGUUACUCUUUUCUAUAAACUGUUUGAAUUGCAUGUGUGUAAGUAUGAGGUUUUUCGUAUGUUUGUUUCUGUCGGAUUUGUCUUAUGUAUUAUGAAAUAAAACAGUUUCUUUUAAGA